UCGCAGGUGGCGGAGGCUCGGCCCCUUUAAGGCCGAGGCUGCCGUAACCCGAUCCCGCAGUGAGUGGCUUGUCGCAGCAGCCCUCGGAGCAUCCUGGGUGGCAGGCAGCGAAGGGCUCUCCCCGCAGCGCCGGCAGGGAUGGGGGAGGAGCUGCAGCCACACUAGCUCCCGUCUGGCCUCCCAGCCCAGGCUGAAGAAUAAUGGCUACCUUCAACAAACUGAUUAUUGGCACUGCUGUUACCAGUUUUACCAUAUUUCAGCUUCUGUUCCAUGUCCUAAGUUCUUGGGCAUCAACAAGAAUAACUCCUGCUUUUAAUAAUCUCAACCAAAACAGGAAGAUUGAAUGGAAUUCAAGGACAGUAUCCACAUUCCAUGCCUUGGUGGUUGGUGCUUUUUGUGUAUAUAUCUUGUUGUAUGAUGAAGCUGUUAAUGCUGACCAUGUCUGGGGUGACCCUUCAAUUGUGAAACUGAAUAUUGCUAUUACCACAGGCUACCUCAUUUCUGACUUGUUUCUUAUUACUUACUACUGGAAGGCAAUUGGUGAUAAAUUUUUUGUAAUUCAUCACUUGGCAGCUCUGUAUGCCUACUACUUUGUACUGGGUGAAGGAAUGUUGGCAUAUUUUGGUAACUUUCGUCUGCUUGCAGAGUUCUCUACUCCUUUUGUGAAUCAGCGGUGGUUCUUUGAAGUGCUGGGGUACCCUAAAUCUUCAAAAGCCAACAUCAUCAAUGGGGUGCUGAUGACGAUUGUGUUCUUCAUGGUGAGGAUUGUAGUCAUGCCUGUUUAUUAUGCCGACGUCAUUUCUGUGUUUGGAACAGAGGAUUUCCACAGAGUAGGAGUUGCAGCUCAAAGCGCCUGGAUUAUCUCUAGUGUUGUCUUGGAUGUGAUGAACUUGAUGUGGAUGGUCAAAAUUACAAAGGGAUGCUACAAAGUAAUUUCUCUCAUUGGACAGGAGGAAGUCAAAAUGCAUAAGAAUGGAAAAUCUGACUAGAAAUCAUAUAUGUAAAACUGAACUUCUCUAUAAAGAUCAUUUGGGUUCACUGAAACAAUGCACACUUCUGCCAUAAAACGCUCCUCUAAGGAAACAAGGUAUUGCCUCUAUUGAUCUUAACCUUUCUCUUGCCACACUGCCUGCAUGCCCAGGGUCACUUCAUUUUAAAGACAGUUCCACUCUAUGGAAUGGGAAACAAUGGCAUAUGACAUACCGUAUGUAUAGGUUCAUACAAAUGAGUCUUACUGUAUAUUCUAAGCACUUAACUGACAGAUGAACUUAAAAAGGAACAGACUGAUUAGUUAGUGGUCUUCUAUCAGUAUGUUCCUAAAUGUUUUCACUCAGGUUUCUCAUUGUGUUUUUUAAAGCCUCAGAAUGUUAAGAUCUUUUGUUGUAAGUCAUGCAUAUAUGGCAAGUUUCCUGCCAUGUUUCUGUGCUUUCUCUUAUUAGUAUUUGAUGUUAACAAUCAAGAUUUCAUCCUUGAUGACUUUUUAUUUUUUUUGCAGCCAAGGCUAAGAAUUUAGCUUUGAUGCUAUGAAAUAUUUUACUAACUUUCUGCUGCCUUAUAUGCAUGGACACAAUCUUUUUGGGGAUUUAUGAAACAGUUUUACAGAUACUGGUAUAAUGUAUUGUUUUAUCUUUUAAAAAUCUUUUAUGUGGAGGGAUGACUCUGCUGCUGUGCUAAUGUACUUCUAGUAGUAUUACUGUUAAAUCUGAUCAGAAUUCUGUCACAAGUUAACAUGGUAAACAGUGUGUGGAAACAGACUCAUUCUUACUAUAGUGCUCUCUCCCUGUGAAGGCUGCUGCUGCAUCUACUUUUGAAAAGUAUUGCAACUCUGCUUCUAAAUGUAUUAUUAUUAUUUAACCAAGAGAUUUCUAGGGUGUAAACAACUUAAGUGUAGGAGACUAAAUACUUCUGUAUAUGUGGCUAUGUCACAGUAACCCUCUCCCCUCCAGAGCCACCUUCUUAGUAUGAAAAUGAUCAUAUUGUGUUCAAAUGCUCAUAUAAAUAUGUAUUUGUCAUAUUUUUCUUGUUAUUCAUAUGGCUGGAAAUUUGAGGUGCUGGUCAAAGAAAGCUCAUCUGGUAAGCAAGAAGAUUUAUUAGUGGACCCAACAGAGAAUAGUUUCCUUUAUUCUCUUCAAAACUGUUGAGAAGAUUUAUAGAGUGGGUCACAGAAACAGCUAACAUUAUCAGGGACAACAUUCUGUUUUUGGAUCCACAUAGUCCUUGGCAGAUAUUCUGCUUUCUCUUCAAGCAUAGAACUUCCAGUGAUGUCCGUGGGAGAUAAGGGAAAUUAGAGCAUGUGGGAAGAUCAGAAUAUGAAAGAGAUGCCAACCUGAGAGAAUUGUUUUCUCCCAUAUAACUGUUGUGGAGCAGCUAGGUGUGUUUGUGGUGGUUUUGUUUUUUGUUUGUUGUUUUUCAGAACAAUGCUUUUUUCACUUGAUUUGUCACCACUUGCAGUUUGUGACACCAUCUGCUAGUAUGUGCUGCUGAAACUGCAUUUUCACACACUAGUGUGGUGCUAUUACAUAAAAACAUUGUAGCAAACUACUCAAGCAACUUCUUUUGUUUUUGUUUCUUAACAUUUAUCAAAUUCUUGCCCUGUUGGGAUAUGUUUUUUGUACUGUUCUCUUUAGCAACACCCUUCAAAGUGAAAUCUUCUUUCCUCUAAACAAAUGCAGGUGUCUGGCUAUUAGUUAGUGUGGGCUAGAAGGGAGAGCUGUAAAACAAACACACAAUUUCCAGGAACUAGCUGUCCCUUUAUGAUUUACUAGGGCUUGUCUACACUUACAGCUUUGCUGUAGCAUUUAGUGAAGACUGCCUACAGCGAUGGAACAGCUUUUCCUGGUGGCAGAGGUACUCAGCCUCCCCAAGAGGCAGUAGCUAUAUCAAUAGGAGAAGCCUUCCUGUUGACAUAGCACUGUCUACACUAGAGGCUAGGUCGGUAUAACGACAUCGCUUGGUGUGUGGAUUUUCCACACUCCUGAAUGCUGCAGUAAUACUGACAUAAGUUUGUAGUGUAAAUCAGGGUUAUGUCUCCCUAGGUCACCAAGAAGACUCCACAAACUGCUAGCAAAGGUCUUCUGCAUUGUCUUGUAGUAUAGCCAAGUCAGUUGUGGCUAAAGCAGUUCAGUUCUCCUCUUUGAAGAGUACAACAAAGCAUUAUAUGGGUUGAUAUAGUACUCAUUUUGACAGGUGUAGUUACAUUAUUUAACAGUAAUUUUUUUCAGUACUAUCUCUUUAUUUUUCAACGGGUGGGAGGCAAAGCUUGCUAAUGCAUUCAGUUCUUUACACUGUAUUCUUUGCAGUCCUAUUGCCUUAUUAUGUAGAUGAGUUGUUCAAUCCUAGAAAGGAUAGUAACUGAAGUGUUUCUUUUAUUUUCUUUAAUUGUCAUUCUUGAAUUAGCAUAGUGCCUUGUCUUUGGUACCAAUAAAUUCAUAUUAUCAGUCAA